AUUUUCGCUUCUUUUUGGCGCAUUGUUAGAAUUCCUUCGAAGUAUGGAGAAGAAGUAUUUGGGUUCGCCAUAUGAGAGGGCUAACAUCAUUUCGAAACUACUACAUAUAUGGUUGAAUCCUCUGUUUGCACUUUCAAUUAAAAGUCCUCUGACACUGAGAGAUAUAUACCCAUCUCCAGUUAAAGAAAGAGCAGAAUACAAUACGGAGAAACUGGAAAAACAAUGGGAAGUAGAAAGUAGUAGACGGAAUCCAAACUUGUUCUGGGCAGUUAUUAGAUCUUCCAGAGCUGAUAUACUUUUAUCUGGCCUGUGUAUGGCUGUGGAAGUGAGCAUGUUUUCGUUGUAACUCAGAUUACAUUUAGUUUGUUAGCGGAACCGUCAAACCGGUUAUUCUUCAAGAAGCUCUUUGGGGUUUCCAAAACCUUAAGGAUCGUGAACACUUAAUAAAAGCUACUGUGUUUAGUACCGUCUUCGUCCUUAAUACUCUCCUGUCUGUUGUUGUGCGGCAGACUUCUUUUUGGAUUACCUAUAGAUUAGGAGCUCGUCUACGUGUUUCAGCUUCGGGUCUGAUAUUCAAAAAGGUUUCUGAUCUUUAAGCUGUUUCAUCUGUUUGUUAGGUACUUCGGCUUAAUCAGAAGGCAUUGGCAGGUUCAACAACCGGUCAGAUUAUAAAUUUAUUAUCUAUCGACAUUCAGAGCUUCGAAUUGGCAUUUGUGUUCCUACACUAUAUAUGGAUGGGAAUACUUCAAGCAUUUGUUGUUUUUGGCCUAAUGGCUCGUAUCACUGUCAUUCCAAGUUUACUUGCAGUCGGAGUUAUUUUUUUACUCAUUCCUAUGCAGUCGGAAUUUAAUCGACGAUAUGCUAGAACAAAAUUUAGAAUAGCAAAAGUAACUGAUCAUCGUGUUCGUAUUCUAUCCGAUAUUAUAGCAGGUAUACGUCUUAUAAAAUUCAAUGUAUGGGAAAAUGCAUUCACUAAAUUAGUGCAUUCUUAUCGAAGCAAAGAAGCCAAACUUAUUAUGCGUGCUCGGAUAUUUCAAGCCUUUAGAUUUAGUCAAUUGAUUUUUCAAAUAAAGCUAGCAAUGUUGGUAUUAAUUGCUUCAGCUUUACUCUUACACAAAGGAGAAGGAGAUCCAGAAGCCUUGAAAAGUUAUCAAAUAUAUGCCUUAAUGAGUUUUAUAACAUCCCUGUAUUAUUCAAUCACUUUAUUUAUGCCAAUGGCAAUUGAACAAUUACAUCUAGCGUAUAUAAGUUGCAAACGAAUAUCAGCAUUUCUUUUAUUGCCGGAAACAGAGGGGGGUCAUCUACCUCAAAUCAAAGAUUCAUCUUUAACCACUAUAGAAUUCACUGAUGUCUACUCCCAAUGGCAAAGUGAUACAAGGUCAUAUACUUUGAAGGAUAUUAGUUUUAAAGCUUCUGGUCAUGAAUUAAUUGGUGUUAUUGGUUCUGUAGGCAGUGGAAAGUCUUCCCUUUUACAAACUAUCUUGGGAGAAUUACCUUAUCUGAGUGGAGACAUUGUCAGAUCAGGUAGCGUAGCUUAUCUACCACAAGUUUCAUGGAUAUUUCCUGGAACAAUACGUGAAAAUGUUAUUUCUAAUCUACCGUUUGAACCUGAACGUUAUGCAGCUGUAUUGAAAGUAACCAGUUUAGAUGCAGAUCUAUCUCGUUUUCCAAACGGAGACAAAACAUAUAUUAGUGAACGUGGUGGAAGUUUAAGCGGUGGACAAAAAGCUCGUAUUGCUUUAGCACGAGUAGCCUAUUCUCGUCAACAAAUCUUACUUCUAGAUGAUCCAUUAGCAGCGGUUGAUGCUCGUGUAUCAAAUCACUUAUUCAAAGAAUGUAUAUGUGAUUUCAUGUCGGAUAAACUUCGUUUGCUUGUUACGCAUCAACAUCAACUUCUUCCGUUUAUGGAUAAAAUUUUGAUUCUAAGAGAGGGUGAACUUAUAUUUUUUGGCACAUAUUCAGAUCUCCAGGCGAGAAAUUUGCAGCUGGACGAUUUCGUCUGCAGUCAAACUGACCAACAAAAAGGAAAUACAACUUUCAAGGAAGAAAAUUACAAUAAUCUAAGCGAUGAAAUCGGUGUGACAUUUGAAGGAUUUAAUAGACAGCUGUCAAGAUCUCAUAGAGAUUAUGAACCUUACAGAUUGGAUAGCUGUUAUGCAAUUGCUCAGUCUCCAAGUAAAUUAGACGAUUAUGUACACGAUGAUAUGGUGUUCCUAUCGUUACCUACAAUUCACAAAAAUUCUCCUGGAAAUAGUUUGCCGGAGAAUAGAAGCUACUUUAGGACAUCCUGGAGAAAAAAAUUCAGAACAUUAAGUACUUCUAAAUCUGUCAAAAGUCAAGAAAUUGAUGAAACAAACUUAAAUGAUGAAUUCACUGUUGUGGAAGAUGAAAUGAACAAUGUAAACGCUUAUAUGGGAGAUAUUCCAGAAGAUGCCUUGAGUGAUGCAAAUGGUACCGGUGAAAAACUUCGUCAUGGAACAGUUGGAUGGAAAACUUAUUUAGCUUUUGGUCGUCUGAGUGACAGUUACUUCUGUGUGGUAUUCGUAUUACUGAUGUUCAUUUUCACCAUCGUUCUUUUUGCAUUAUUUGAUGUUUGGUUAUCAAGAUGGAUUCAUAUUGUGGACAAUCGUAAUACAACCAGCAAUUCCAUGCCAGUGAACUAUUCGUCUAAUACAGGAACAUGGAAUUUAGAGGAUAAUUUUGUAAAUCUUUACAUACUUUUGAUUUUGACUGUUUUAUUAGUGUUCUUUGGUGCUAGCCGCACUCUGUUAUUUUUCAGACAAAUGACAAAUGUUGCAAAACGCCUACAUGUUUUGAUGCUUAAAGCAUGUUUAUCAACGCGCAUACUAUUUUUUGAAUCAAAUCCAUCAGGACGAAUAUUGAACAGAUUUUCGAAAGAUAUUGGACAGAUAGAUGAUUAUUUACCAACUAAUAUUCAUGAUUUCCUGCAAUGUCUUACCCUUGUUAUCAAUUUUAGUGUUGUAACAAUAAUAACUAGUUAUUGGGUUAUCAUACCAGUUGUACCACUUUUUAUUUUCUUCUGGCUCAUACGUAAACGUUAUAUUCAUAUGUCAAGAGAUAUACGACGAAUUGAAGCAGUAGCCCGAAGUCCAGUGUUCUCUUGGGUGAAUGUUACAUUACAAGGUUUACCCUGUUUAAGAGCUGCAAGAAAUGAAUUCUAUCACUUAGAUACAUUUUAUGAUGCAGUAAACAGUCAUACUAGUGUUUUCUAUGUCAACUUGGCUGCUGCACUUUGGCUAUCCGUUCGUUUGGAUAUUCUGUGUACAUUGUUCAUUGCGUCAGUUUUAAUUAUAUGCGUAGCUGUUGGAUUACUUGCGGAUAUAUCCGGAGCUAAUGUCGGUUUGAUGAUUACCUAUUCAAGUAGUCUUAUAGGGUUGUUCCAGUGGUGUGUACGACAAAGUGCAGAAGUUGAGAAUCAAAUGGUAUCUGUUGAACGCGCUGUUGAAUAUGUGGAUUUAGAGCCUGAAAUAACAGAACCUCCUGAAUUACCUCCACCUGAUGCUAACUGGCCUGCAUAUGGUCAUAUAAAAUUUGACAACUUUGGUAUGCGUUAUGGAUCUACAAAUAACUGGGCUCUAAAAAAUAUAAAUUUGGACAUCAAACCAGGUUCUAAGGUAGGUAUUGUGGGACGAACAGGUGCUGGUAAAAGUUCACUGAUUUCAGCUCUUUUCCGACUUGUUGAAGGAGAACAAGGAUCUGUUAUAAUUGAUAAUGUGGAUAUUAAACACCUUAAACUAGAAAGUUUAAGAAAGAGAAUAUCGGUAAUUCCUCAAGAUCCAAUCAUGUUUACUGGGACAAUUCGAACAAAUAUGGACCCAUUGAACGAAGAAACAGAUGAGUCUCUAUGGAAUGCUUUAGAAAGAGUAAACUUAGACAAAACGGUCAGAAAUCUCAGUGGCGGCUUAGAUGCAUUCAUUAGUGAAGGUGGUUCCAACUUCAGUACAGGACAACGACAACUACUAGCAUUAGCACGUGCAAUUUUAAGUGGAAACCGGAUAUUGGUAAUAGAUGAGGCAACAUCUAAUAUCGAUCCUGGAACUGAUGCUGUUAUUCAACAUACCCUUAGAAACGUGUUCAAAGACUGUACUGUAUUGACAGUUGCGCACAGACUGCGCACCGUUAUAGACAGUGAAAUGUUGGUAGUUAUGGAAGGCGGUGAAGUAGUGGAAUCUGACCAUCCACAUAUCUUACUAAAUCCAAAUCUUGCUAAAGCCGACAAAAGAGACUAUGAACUUGGCAUAAAGAAUCUACCGACAUCGAAUGAUAUUCAAAUCACUUCUAAUGGCUUUUUAGCAAAUCUAGUUAAGCAAUGUGGACCUACGGAAUCUGCAAACUUGGUUCAAAUUGCACGAAAAUCAUAUAUUGAACUGUUAAACCGUAAAAAUGAUUAAAAAUUUAGUUGAUUAAGAUGUUUAUUACUUGUAUUAAAUCAGAUAAUCAUUAUGCUCAUCAAGCAAUAUAACUAACUCAUUACCAGAUUUAAAUGUUUUAUAGGAAAUUUUAUUUCAUAUGGCGUAUAACAAAAUGCAUAAUUUCUGUAAAUCCAUUU